AUGCCCUCUUCCCACAUAGGCCAAUGCCAGCAGACUUUUUCGACGACUGGCUUUUCACGCCCACGCUUUCAGCCAGCACGCUCCGGGGUUCGACUCGGACGAGGAACCGACACGAGACGCCCGUUCCCGGAGGGGUCACCCUCGGGAUCUGCUUCAGAACCCUCGUAUUGGUGGGAUGAUCGACCAGAGGAGCAGUUCCGCAGAAGGUGGCUGGAGGGUCCAGGACGAGCAACGUCUCCAGAAGGUAACGAGGGAGAGACGGACAUGGACGCUUCGGGACGACCCGGGUUUCGAGCACGGCGGCACAGAGAUGGAAGCGGAGGUGACCGUCGUCAACGAGAGCAGGGAGGAAGAACCGGAAGACUUCAGAUGGCGGCCCGCCACGGGAAGCGAACUGUAUCCGACAUUCGUCCCCCUGACACGGCAGCACCCAGAUCCCGCACCGGAAGGAGGGGAGGGGGAAGAGGGGGCUUCGAGGGGGGGAUGGAUGUCAGGGGUUCAGGAGCAGAGGCAAGGGCAAGGGAGGAAACAGAGAGCGAGGGGGAGGAGGCAGAAGAAAAGAUGAGUGAUGACGACGACCCGAGAUCUCCGAGUCUUUCCAGUGAAUCAGAAGAUUCACAGAAAGGAGCACCAGUGGCCAGGGCAAGGGGGGAGCCUAGGGGGACGCCCCAGGAAGAUAGAGCCAGAGGGGACUCAGAGGGGAGCAGUUGGAAAUCGGGACCAGCGUCACCGCCAGAGAGCAGGGAAGAGGAAGGGAGCCAGGGAUCAAGCGCUGGCAGCUCACAACAGGGGGGAGGGCACGAGUCAGGAGUGGCCACACCUCCAUCGGGGAGCGAAGAAACGGUCAGACGGAAGGUGGAAGGUUGGGCGCGCGCGCCAAGUUCAAAUGCACAGGAAGGUGGCACAGUAGGCAGCCCGGAAAGGGAGCCAGGUCCUAAAGCCCGCCGAAAGGAGGGAGAAGAGUCAGGGGGGUCAGCGUCAGCGUCAGAGGAAUCCCGGAAAGAAGAGACCCCAGGGGGCAGAGGGACCCAGAGAAGAACAGUCAGGCGGAAAAGGUGGAGCAGGGCUAGGAUAUUAAGUUGGUGUACAAGGGGCGGAGACUCAGACGGAGCUUCGCCGGUCUAA